CCUUCCUCCAUCUUCGAUCCGGCCAUCCAACAGGUCACUCUGCACGCACAUUUGCUCCCAUGGCUAGCUCAACUGCCCUGCUCAUAUCUUCAACACUCGUAGCACUGUUCAUGGCAAUGGGAGGGGCUCUUGCUCCUCAAGCUGAAGCUAGGGCAUUUUUUGUGUUUGGAGAUUCACUUGUUGACAAUGGCAACAAUAAUUACCUUGCCACCACCGCUAGAGCAGACUCACCCCCUUACGGCAUUGAUUUUCCAACUCAUCGACCGACUGGCCGGUUCUCUAAUGGCCUUAACAUCCCUGACUUUAUCAGUCAAGCAAUUGGGACUGACUUUCUAUUGCCGUACCUGAGCCCUCAGCUUACUGGAGAAAACCUACUCGUUGGUGCCAAUUUUGCUUCUGCUGGAAUUGGAAUUCUGAAUGAUACUGGAGUUCAGUUUGCAAAUAUAAUCAGAAUGUUUCAACAAUAUGAGUACUUUGAGGAAUAUCAAAGGCGGGUGGCUGCUCUCAUCGGAGCUGAGAGGACACAGCAACUUGUUAAUGAUGCACUUGUCCUCAUCACUGUUGGCGGCAACGAUUUUGUUAACAACUAUUAUUUGGUGCCUUUCUCUGCAAGAUCUCGCCAAUAUUCUCUUCCUGAUUAUGUCAGAUUUCUCAUCUCCGAGUACAAAAAGCUUCUUAUGAGGCUAUAUGAUCUUGGAGCACGGAGGGUUCUUGUAACAGGGACAGGUCCAUUGGGCUGCGUUCCGGCGGAGUUGGCAAUGAGGAGCAGCAACGGGGAGUGUGCGGCUGAGCUGCAACGGGCUGCGGCAUUAUUCAAUCCUCAGCUCACUCAAAUGCUUAGACAACUCAACAGCCAAUAUGGUUCAGAUAUAUUCAUUGCUGCCAACACUGGCCAAAUGAGUGCCGAUUUUAUCAGUAAUCCUGGGGCAUUCGGAUUUGUAACAUCAAAGGUGGCUUGCUGUGGGCAAGGACCUUAUAAUGGUCUGGGACUAUGCACAGGUCUAUCAAACUUGUGCCCUAACCGCGAUGUAUACGCGUUUUGGGACCCAUUCCAUCCAUCAGAAAGAGCAAACAGUUACAUUGCUCGACAGAUACUGACCGGGACAACCGAUUAUAUGAACCCCAUGAAUCUUAGCACCAUUAUGGCCUUGGACUCGAGGGUCUAGUUCAAUAUGCCACCUCCUUAGAGAAUUUGAUGAUAUUGAUAUUGUAUUAUUUAUACUUUUAUAAAGUAACGCUUGUUUGUUGUUGUUGACGAUGAUAUAUGGCUUUAAGGAAAUUUACGUUGUAUUAUUUUCUAUCGUUCUAUCUUAAAAAUCAAAAUGUAAUAAUUUAUAUAUGUUUGUGGAAUAAAUCACAGUUACCACUC